AUAUCUCUCGGAGCGCCCCAGUCCUGCCACCAUUGCUAUCCUGGAUUUUUGUCCGUGCCGUCCUGCUGCCACCGCGAUGGGCCUGGAGCUCUACCUGGACCUGCUGUCCCAACCCUGCCGUGCCGUCUACAUUUUCGCCAAGAAGAACGGCAUCCCCUUCAAGCUGUGUACCACGGAGGUGUUCAAAGGGCAGCUCCAGAGCAAGGAGUUCUUCCAGAUUAAUAUGCUGCGGAAGAUACCCGUCCUCAAAGAUGGUGACUUCAUCUUGACUGAAAGCUCCGCCAUCUUGAUUUACCUGAGCUCUAAGUACCAGACGGCAGACCACUGGUACCCCUCCGACCUUCAGGCCCGCGCUCGUGUCCACGAGUAUCUGGGUUGGCACGCCGACUGCAUCCGGGGCACCUUCGGUGUGCCCUUGUGGACCCAGGUGAUAGCACCACUCACUGGGGCCCACGUGCCUGAGGAGAAGGUGGAACGGAACAAGAUGGCCAUGGACCGGGCGCUGCAGCAGGUGGAGGACAAGUUCUUGGGGGACCAGGCCUUCCUCAUCGGCCAGCAGAUGUCACUGGCUGACCUCAUGGCCUUCGAGGAGCUGAUGCAGCCUGUGGCUGUUGGCUAUGACCUCUUUGAGGGAAGGCCGAAACUGGCAGCAUGGCGUGAGCGAGUGGAGGCUUUCCUGGGUUCUGAUCUGUUCCAAGAGACCCAUGGUACCAUCCUGAACAUCCUGGAGCAGGUGGUCAACAAAAAAUUUCCAAAGCCUUCCCCAGAAGUCUAUCCGUAUAUUCUGCUUCAUAUUUCCAGGAUUCCCUGAGGAGUCUGGAAGGGGGAGCUGAUGGUUGGAGGCCAGGAGAUUAGUUCUUAGUUUCUUUCUUGUCCUUUUUCAUCCCUCUGUCUUACCUCAGUCUCUUGUUUCUGACUCCUGGAGGAGCUCUACCACAGGUAGGAUGCCUGAUGUCCUGGGCAGUGCUGCUUCUCAGGUAUAGCACAUAUAAUCAACAGAAGACUAAAAUCCACCAUAUAUAAAGAGCUCUAGAAAUCCAAUAGCAUGAGGAAGAACAAAUCAACUUAAAAUCAGCAAAUGUCAUUGGUCUUUUAAGUAUAAUGAAGACUUGGGGAGACGCCUGAGUGGCUCAGUCAGUUAAGUGUCUGCCUUCAGCUCAGGUCAUGAUCCCAGGGUCCUGGAAUUGAGUCCCACAUCAGGCUCCUUGCUCAGCAGGGAGCCUGCUUCUC